AUGGAUGAUUUUGAUGAUUAUGAGAAUGAGAUUUACAAUCAUAGGGUUUAUGAUGAUGAGAUGGACAUUUUUGAGAAUAAUAAUUAUAAUGGUAAAGUAAUCGCUUCAAAUAAUUCUAUCUCUGUAUUGUCAGUUUCAGAUGUUAAUCUAAGCACCACCAAUUUAAGUAUUAUUAUUAACGCUACUGAAACAUCUAGUGAAACAGCUAUAUCAAGAAAUAGAUCCUCUGUAUGGAAAAAUUUUUCUAUAUUAAAAAGUGAUCAAAAAGCCAAAUAUAAACAUUUUAUGGAUGAAUUAAGCUUUCAAUUUGUUGAAAAGCAAGGUUUUCAAAAAUUUGUUAAUGGAGUAUUAUCUGGUUUUACCAUUAGUGCCAAUACAAUAAAACAUGUUACGGAUGAAUAUUUUAUUACUACUAAGUUGCAAACAAUUACUCUUGACAAUGUGGCUUCAAAUAAUGUUGUAGUUCGUGAAUUAACUAAUAAUAUUUUACAAAAGUUAAUUGACAUCAAAAUUAAAAUUUUUCAUAAUUAUUGUCUUGCUCAUAUUCUUAAUCUUAUUGUAAAAGAUAAAUUAAAGAAAAUUUCAAAGGAAAUCAAAAUAAUUCGUAGUUGCAUUAAAGCAAUUCAUACAUUACCAAAACGACGACAAAUAUUUAUUGAUGUUUGCGAAUAUGAGUCACUUAGAAGUAUAAUUCCCCUAUUAGACUGUGAAACUAGGUGGAACUCAACGUUUAUGAUGUUACAAUCAGCAAUAGAAUUAAAAGCUGCAAUUAUUAGAGUAAAAGAUAGGGAUAAAGCUUUUCCAAAUAUACUGAAUGAAGAAGAAUGGGAAAAAGCAAAAGCUAUUUCUAAAAUGGCACGAGAUUUCCUUGCUGUGCCAGCUACAAGUGUAGCUUCUAAACAAAUGUUUAGUUGUGCUGGUCGUAUUAUUGAUGAUUAUCAUACUUCAUUAGAUCCGGAUACAGUAACUGCACUAGUAUGCCAGCGAAACUGGUUAAAAAUGGCAACAAAAUUUGGAUAA